AUGGCUGCUCCCGAGGUUCACCACUUGUUCCACAACCCAAUCGCCGACCACUCCUUCUCGGCUGACCACAGCGUCCUCGCCGUCGCGCGCGACACGGCCGUCGAGCUCUACGGCAAGGUCGGAAACACCUUCAAGCUCAAAGAUGAGCUGAAGGGUCAUGACAAGACGGUCACCAGCGUUGACAUUGCGCCCAGCAGCGGCCGAAUCGUGACUUGCUCGCAAGACCGCAACGCCCUCGUCUGGGAACCCUCGCCGACCGGAUACAAGCCGACCCUCGUGCUGCUGCGCAUCAGCCGCGCCGGCACCUUUGUGCGGUGGUCGCCGUCCGAGACCAAGUUCGCCGUCGGCUCCGGCGACCGCGUCAUCGCCGUCUGCUACUUCGAGGAGGAGAACGACUGGUGGGUGUCCAAGCACCUCAAGAAGCCGAUCCGCAGCACCAUCACCAGCGUCGCCUGGCACCCCAACUCGGUGCUGCUCGCCGCCGGCUCCACCGACGCCCACGCCCGCGUCUUCUCCGCCUUCAUCAAGGGCAUGGACGCCCGCCCGGAACCGGGCGUCUGGGGCGAGCGCCUGCCCUUCAACACCGUCUGCGGCGAGUUCCUCAACAACUCGGCCGGCUGGGUGCACGCCGUCGCCUUCUCGCCCGGCGGCGACGCGCUCGCCUUCGCCGCCCACGACAGCAGCGUCACCGUCGUCUACCCGGCCGGCCCGGACCAGCCGCCCCGCGCGGUGCUCACCGUCGCGACGCAGCUGCUGCCGUUCAAGAGCCUGCUGUGGAAGUCCGAGGACGAGAUCGUGGCCGCCGGCUACGACUGCGAGGCCUUUCGCUUCCAGGGCGGCGAGACGGGCUGGGAGCUCGCGGGCACCGUCGAGGCCAAGGGGGCCGGUGGCGGCGGCGCCCAGCGCGAGGAGUCGGCGCUCAACAUGUUCCGCCAGAUGGAUCUUAAGGGCAAGGCCAAGGAUGACACGCAGCUCAAAACGACUCACCAAAAUACCAUCACAACCAUUCGUCCCUACGAGUCUUCAGGUGGCCGCGUUACCAAAUUUACUUCCAGCGGUGUCGAUGGUCGUGUCGUUAUCUGGAACGUUUAA